AUGUUUCAAAGCUAUCAUAACAUUAUUACAACAUUAUUUAGCGAAGAGAGUGUUGAGAGAGUGUUUGGGUGGGAGCGUUGGACACGCCGCCGUUCAGUGUUUAAGCGAUGCAACAAACGCGUUAGUUAAUCAAUGCAAUGAUGGCGAACCCUUAUGGAAUUUUUCCCACUAUGCCCACAAAUAGUAGUGCCACGCUGUUGUGUGCACAAUGCAAAAAGUUCUUCACAUACAUGGACAGUGUGGUGAUGUGUGAUGGUGCGUGUAAGAGAUGGUACCACACCAAGUGUGCUAAGAUACCAGAGACUAAGUACCGCGUCAUUCAGGACAAGGACGAGAACAGGACCUUGGGCCUAAAAUGUGUCUGGACUUGUAAGGACUGUCGAGACCGCCCUGAGAUGGGCAGAGAUCCUGAGUUCGAGUCUUAUGUUAGAGAGAAACUGGGAAAAUUAGGCCAAGUUCUUGAAUAUUUGGUGACUAAAAUCCAGGAUAUUGAAAACAGACAGAAGAGUCAGGAAGUUGAGUUUAAUAAGCUUUGGCAGCAACAGCAGACUGCAGUUACCAUCCAGGGCACUACUGUGCCUAGUCCAAGAACAACACACAUCUUUCAAGACUAUGGAAAUCAAGGACAUCACUCAGGGCAACAGCUUACAGCAAAUGCACAGCAACAGACCAGCAAGGAACACAUCCAAGGAUUCACCCCAAUGGAACACAAAAUUAUUCAUGAAGUUAAGUUGAAAAUGGACACUGGAGCUCCCAAGCAGCAAGAGGUUGAGGGGCAUGCAGGUGAUGGCCUACACCUAAUGAGGCCACUAAUUGAUCCAAUCACGGGCCAGGAGAUUGAGGGAACUCAAACACAGGAAACUGGUGAUGCCCUGUAUAGCUUCACAGGGAACUUCUCCGGGGCUUCAGCAUCUGCACAGGGUCAGGCUACAGCAACCCCAGCAUUGAAGGAAGCCAUGGAGUGCCAUUAUGGUGACUGCAAGUGUAUCAAACAAGAAAACCAGACAGAUGAGCCAGCUAACCCACCGAAGCCUUGUGCUGGUAAACAUUGUAACUGUACCUGUAAAACCCAUAAAAUUGUCAUUGCCCAUAAAAAGGACAAUGUAGGAAAAAUCCACAAGUGUCCCCAUUGUGAGUUUACCAGCAAGCGUUCAGACAAUGUUCGGCGACACAUGUUGCGGCACACAGGUGAACGACCUCACAAGUGUCCACAAUGCGACUUCAGUGCAAAACGGCCUCAUUCACUGAAAAAGCAUAUUGAAAAUGUUCACAACAAAGAAAUUAGAACAGAUGGAAUAGUUAGAUAAAGAGGUUCAACUUUUUAAUAGAGGGUAACAGGACAUCUGACUGGUGUAAAUUGUGAAUUUUCUAGGUUUUCAGAAUGUAAAGAAAAAAGGUCAUUAGUUUUCAUACAGAAUAAAGACAUCUCAUUGUAUCAUAUUUUUCAAUCAUUGACAGUGAUAAGUGAAGAUGACAAGGAAAGAAAGUGAUAGGCAUUAUCUGAAAAAAAAAAAAAGUUAAAGUGCGUAUAAA